UAUUCUAUUACUAUAUAUUUAUACUGAAUUACAGAUUUAUAAUAUGGAAAAAAAGAUUAAAUAUUCAAAUCGGAAAACAAAAUAUAUUUGUAUUUAAAUCCUUGAAGUUAAACUCUCGUAUAAUAUAACUGAAAUUAAAUUCUAGAUAUAUGCGAUAUUAUCCUGUAUGGCUAUUGAAUCCAUUGCAUUGGUUCCCUCCAAUUUUCGCCAGGACUAAAACGGGAAGGAAUUUCAAAAGACACAUUGAAAUAAUUCAUCAAUUUGAAGAAAAGGUGUUCAAGAGAAUAAAAGAAAAUUACGUGAAAAGACAGCUACUACACUUAGAAGAUAAUGCACAUAGUGUAAAAGAGCCGAAGAUAAAACCGAAGCCUUUCAUAGAUUUACUGUUAGAUCUUCACGUCAAUCAAGGUUUAAUAUCGGAAAAAGACAUUAUCAAAGAGAUGGAAUUUUUUAUGUUUGCAGGUUUUGAUACAACCGCCCAUGCUAUGUCAUGGAGUCUUUAUUUCCUGGGAAGAUUCCACGAAAUACAGGACAAAGUGUAUCUGGAAUUACAGAGCAUUUUCGAAAAUGACAUGAAUAAAAAUAUUACAGUUGAUGAUUUGCUGAAAAUGACUUAUUUAGAAUGCGUUAUAAAGGAGUCGAUGAGAAUCUGUCCUCCUGCUCCUGUCAUUGCAAGAGAAAAUCUGUAUGAAAUAAAAAUAGAUGAUUAUAUUUUACCACCAAAAUCUUCUAUCUCAAUUUGCAUCCAUGCUAUUCACCACAAUCCUUCUGUUUAUGAAAAUCCAGAAGUGUUCGAUCCAGAUCGUUUCCUGCCCGAAAACUUUAAAAAACUUCAUCCUUAUGCUUUUCUGCCAUUUUCCGCUGGUCCACGAAAUUGUCUCGGAUUUAAACUUGCGAUGGUUGAAAUGAAAACCAUAUUAGCUAAUGUUCUUCGGAAUUUUAAAGUUUACUCUUUGGAUCCUCAAGAGAAAAUCGUUACUUCUGCUGAAGUCCUUUUGCGCCCGAUAUCGGGAAUAAGAAUGCGGGUAGAAAAAAGAUAAACUACUCUUAUAUUGUCCUACCUGAAGAAAUGUUUAUUACAAAUUUACAUAAACAUUGCCUAUAAUCUAGACUAGUAGGUUUGUAAACUACAUUAAAAUGUGCUGUUUACGUCUAUUAGACAAGUAAAAUAUAUUGUAUAAUGAUUGGUAUCUAGACAACUGUAUCAAAGUCGUUGUACUUAUUAUAAAUAAUUUUUCAUAAAUUGUAAUUCAUGAUAAAAUAUGUAACAAUAAAAUAUAAAUGAUGGACUCUUCUUUUGAUGGUGAAAUGGUUUCGCCUAAAAUACCUAUCAAUUUAAUAUAUACAUUUCUGCGAGUUGUAUAGUGUUGUAAAAUUACGCAUUUUCCAGUUCAAUCUAUAGCAAUUUUUUUAACCAAUUUUGUUAACAAGAUGAAAUAAUGUCAGCUUGUGAUCCAAGCAACUCGGGUUCACAUCCAGGGUUAAAACAAUAAUUAUCGAUACUCUAUCGUAGAGAUAUUAGCUGAUCUCUGCUAUUAUCAUGCGACUAUUAACGCUAAU